GAAAUUGUGCGUUGGGUUUCAUCAACAGCCCCAAAAAUGUACCGAUAGAAUUUACGCGCAACCAUCACAACAACAGAAGCAAUGUGGGUUUCUGGGAGCAUGUUCUGGGUCCGCAAAAAAACGUUCACUUUCAGCUGUGUGCAAUCGAUAUUUUGCUUGCGGCGUGCGAUGGUGUGCAUUGCGUUGCUCCCGGUAUCCUGACCGUGUGUAAACGGUGUGCAGUUUGUAGAAUUCAGUGUGCAGCUUCAACAAAGCAGCCCAUGAAACAGAACCUGCAGUGAAAAGGAGAUUCCCUUUCACCCACCCCACCCGGUAUCUCUUUACCGUUGAGUCCACGGUGACUACUUGUGCGGCGUGAAGAUAGUGUGUGAUGCGUCCACGCGUAACAUAAUGGGCCGGCAUAUCAGCCGUCCGAAGAUCAAUGUUUGCUAGCCGAUAGCCAAAUUGAUGAUUUCGGAUGAUCUGACGCAUCGCGGUACGGUGAAAGAGUGUGCGUGUGUGCGGUUCACUUUCAGCUGUCAUCUCCAAGGGUGACACAAGUGUGCGCUGUGUGUGAGGAGUAGUGGUGGUGGUAGUAGUUUUGGAGUGGCAUCGAAUCGAAUCUUAGUAGUCUGGUAACAGCAGCAGAUUCGUCCUCAGCUCGCCAUAAUCCAUCAAACGGUCCACGAGACGAGAAGGUUUUGCGAACGGAAGUCCUCCCGGUGCCUAGAGGGAAAGUGAUUAUCUCAAUCCGGUAGUGUAUUCUGCUAUAUAUCCUCCGUGUGUUGUGUGUUUUGUGGUGUAGUGUGGCGUGUUGUGUGUGUGUGUGAUCAAUCCUUUGUAGCAGUGCGUUCCGUGUUCCGUGAAGCCACCUGCCAGCAAGGAUGCCUUAAUAUUCGGUGCGAGUUAGAGCAAGUAAAAAAGAAGGAAAUCUGCUUAAGAUGACCGUUACCGGGGCAUCCCAUUCUCUGGAUGGCAAUCAAUGGAAUACCUCAACAGUGAUGGCCAAAGUCCGGCCACUAAGAUCACCUGAGCGACCCCGCAGAGUGAUUUGGGUGACGACAUCUGUGUGUUGAGAGUCCUAGCCCGGUGUGAGCGUGAAGAAGACGAAAAAGAAAACGAAAUUAAAACUUCCCUUCUUUCCCAAAGCAAACCACCUCUCUAUAUACCCUCUCCCCGCCGGGGAGGUUACCUCUUCGCACCUCUGAUGGUGAUCGAUAGUAACAGUAGUGUAUCUUCUCCCUAGACUUGCCCGACCUGAGGAAGAAAAACGCGUGUCUCUGAGUGUGUGUGUGUGAGAUGGCGUCCGAGACGGAAAAUUCUAUCCCGGCCUGUCCUCCACUACCGGAAGCGGCCAGUGAGCGUACCGUGUACCGGAAAAUUUCCAAAGGGCGUGAAGUCAACGGUGAUGGUAGUGAGCGUACUGUUGCCGCUGACAAGCGUCUAAAGUGCCGGACGGAAAUGGGCCCAGUUGAGAGUGCUACGGAAGGUUUGAAGUAUGGGAAGUAUAACGUGACGGGUCCCACGGGGCCAAUGGCCAAUGGGGAGUGUAAUGGGGUGGGUAAGAUAGCAGUGCCAGUGCCCGUCCCGAUCUCGGUAACGCUUGAAGAGAUCCUGAAAACGUUCAAUGCCCCCAUCUCCGAGGAUCAGGCUUGGGCGUUGAUCUAUCAAGCGUCCCGGAUGUAUAAGGCACGCCUAGAGGAGCCCGGCAGCCGGUUGCGUGACCUUCGGUUACCGCUACAUCCGCAUCAGCUACAAGUUCAGAAGGAUGGGAGCUGUCUGGUGACGGCAAGAUCAGAUAAGGAGCUGUGCAUUCCAUCGACCCAGAAAAAGAUACUGCUGAAGCUGGGCAUUGUCGUGUACCGGGCACUCGACUACAACCUGCCCACUAGCGAAGACUGCCAGAUCUCGCACGAGCUCGAGGAGCUGAUCGACUUCAUGACAUCCGAAGAUAACGACGACGAAGGUAUCGAGCGUGACUCGGAAGAAGUGGAAGAGGACCUGGUGACGGUCGACAGCGACGAUGACUGCAAGCCCGGCAAGGGAUCGCUCGGCCUGGAGGUAGUCAGCGUAGCCGCCAACGGUUGCGGUGGCGGUGAGCGAAAGCAUCUCGAAACCAAAGAACUGGAUCACGUGCUGGAGUACUGUUCGUCGCGUGUUUCACCCUCGAAGCCGGAAGAUCACUAUCGGGCCGUGUGUCGAGCGCUCGUAACGGAAACGCUCGAGCUGCGGACAUUCCUGCAACGGGUAUGCCAAGGAGAGGCGGAGGUCCUGCGGUUAAAGGCCCAGGCGGAAACGACCGGCAAGGAGCUCGAGAAGAUCCACUUCAACGAUUGGUCGGACGAUCAAAGAAUCUGGCAGGCACUGCAAGCCCGCUUUUGGAUGCAAGUCGUUGAUGAGCUGCGUCGUGGCGUACGGUUGAAAAAGAUCAGCUUCUCCCGAACACCGAUCGAGUACGAACUGACGCCCUACGAAAUCCUGAUGGAGGAUAUCCGCUCCAGAAAGUACAAUCUCCGCAAGGUUAUGGUGAAUGGCGACAUUCCACCGCGCGUCAAGAAAGACGCACACGCAGUCAUAUUGGAGUUUAUCCGUUCGAGGCCACCGCUACGAAAGGCAUCGGAAAGAAAGCUAGCUCCAGCACCGCUCAAGCGAGUUUCGUGUCCUCGCGAACAGUUGCUAGAUUCGAUACGGAAAGGACGUGUGCUGAAGCCGGUACAUCCGAAGCUGAAGUCAAGACACUGUGAAUCACCCGACGGCGACCCUUGCGUCGAUGCGGUCCGCGAUCUGGCGUACUGUCCGGUGGAUAAUCCGGCCCCGGUACCGAUGGCCCCAUCGCCCCGGAAGCCACCAACACCGGCCAAACACAGGAGCAACAGUAUGAGCGGUGGGAAUGCGGGGCUGCCGCCGAUCAAUCGCGUACCGAAGGCGGCACCACGUGCGACCCAACAGCCACCAACACCAAAACCAAGAUCAGUUUUACCUACCACAACCCAAGUAGAUAGCGUAAAGAAAUCGUGUGAUGAUGAAAUCGACACCAGCGGCGCCCACAGCCUCGGCGGAGUCAGCAGCGGUGGCGGCGGCGGCAACAGCAGCAACAACACCGGCAACAGUCACAGUGCCGCCAGCUUCCACCACGGUUCCAGCUACAUCGGCACCAGCGCAGCCCACAAAACGAUGACGCUGGGUCGUUCGAGUUUUUCGCACACCAGCGGUACACCCCGUAACACCCUAAGACUGAUACCAGUAGACUUUUCGCUGUUCAACGAUGAUGACUUCAUUGACGAAACGGCGAACGAUGGCGCGGAUGGUGCUGGCACGUGCAGCAGCACCGCCAGUGGACAGCGAGCUGUACAGCAGCCGAAUGGUGGCCACCGGAUAGCGUACGGUGGCGUUGGAGCCAAGCGCUGCAGUACCGACGAUCGUGGAAGCACCAACAGUGACAGCAACAGUACAAACCGUCUGAUGAUCGUCAACAACGAGAACAAUCAGAACAACAUUAACACCGUGCUGCGGCGGACAAAGAACAUCAUCACCCACGACGAGUAUCAUCGGUUCUGUGAUAAGGCUCUCGAAACGUACGAUCUGGCGACGCAGUGCGAAUCACGACGAGCAUCCAUGCGCCGGCACACCAUCAUCGGAUGCAAUCAAAACUACAAACUCGACCCGCUGGCAAGUCACUCGAUGCCACCGUCGCGACCCGCCUCCCGUCAAUCCGAUCGUGAUGCGAUGAAGGGUGAUGCCCAGCCGACCACCACCGCGAACACCACCACGAACGGUACGAAUGGAGUUCCGGCGAAGGAAAAACCUUCCGCCGUGGUAAUGCCACACGUCGUAAAUGGUACGUCCCGACCGGCACCGAUCGGAGGUGCGGCCAUGGUGGGCAAUGCCGGUACGACCACCAUCGAGUACGUCAGCGCAGCCAGCAACCUGUCAUCGCUGGACACCUGGACCAAAAACUCGCUCGACGAGCACCAGUGGAAGGACGCGUUCAAUCUGAACGAUCGGUUGUCCCUGACGCUGGAGGAAAUCGUACAUAUCCGCUCGGUGAUGACGAAGGCCGAGCUCGAAGGGUUGCCGGUGGAUGUGCACAUCAAGGAGGACGUGGAAAAGCGGAAAGUUUGCUUCCUGUGUUUGCGGACCCGGUUCACCCUGUUCGCGCGCGGGAUCCUGUGCAAACUCUGCCAGCGGACCGUUUGUAACAAAUGCAAUACGAAGAUGCGCAUACCUACCGAACAUUUCCGCAAUGUUCCCGUGGUGCUGCUGUCACCUUCGCUCAUGAAUAGCCCGUGCACAUCCAACACACCUUCGCCGAGCCAUCACGCGCACGGCACCGGCUCGGGUCCUACCAGUAUGGUGGACGAAUCCUUCCCGAGAUCCCUGAUGGAGCGACUGUUACGGCCUGAGUUAGAUCGAAAGACUCGAAAUACGGUCGGAAGUGCUCCGUCUUCACCAAAGAAUCAGCGUUCUGCCUCCAGCACACCGGGCACCAGCCUGCACGGUACCGAAACCCUCUCCCUCACCCUGUCGCAUCACGUGUCCGGUGCGAGCAACACCGCCAAAGACGUCACGGUUCCGGCGAACGGUAUCUCCGCCUCUUCCACAGCGGUCUCCACCGCCGCGCAGAAGUGUUCGCUCAUGUCCCGCAGCAUGGAAGGUCCGAACAGUCUUCCACCCCAGAGUCCGGCCAGGCCUCACUCGAACUGUAGUACGCUGGACAGAAAGAAUCGUUUCGCCAAAGCAUUUACGCUCACGGCGUCCGGCGGUGGACAGGGUGCCGGUGCGCUUGACCCCCAGAAGGAGCGGCUCACCGGGGAGCUGAUGGCCGUGUGCAAUGACUGUCGCAGCCUGGUGCUGGAAAUCAUACGAUCCUCGCGACAAACCCGAACCACGGCCCGGAACCAGGUGCUGCGCCAUCUCACGCUCGACAUCUCGCCGGUGUACAAGUAAGAGUUUCCGCGGGUUUAUUUGGUGGAGAUAAUGGAGGCCGACAACAAACACAUAAAAGCGCACAAUUGAGCCUAUCGGCUAGGGAGCAGACUCCCCUAUCGCUACCGCCACAAUCUUCCCGAUCCCGAUGAUACUCGCUCGCCGGUGUGAGCGAGAGCGAGCAGCAAAGUCCGCGCAUACGUUUAAUGACGUUGUAUUUAUUAUACUUAUUUAUUUGAAUCCGCAUCCGCAAAUCCUCAAAAUCAUCGAAGCGACAGCCGUUGGCGAGUGUUGCCUGCUUCUUCCGGUUUGCAGCGUUUGUGAAUAGAGAGAGAGAGAGUGACCGAGAGUGGGGUGCCGUUCUUUGGUCCUUUCGAGACGGGCCGUGUAAAGACUGGGACUUUGUUGCUAAUACCUCCAUGGCAUUGUGAUUAUUAUACCGUUUCUUUAUAUUUUCGUUUUUCUUUUUCUCGAUUUUGGUUGUUUGGUCCUCCCGAUGCCGUAUCCGAGGAUCGCUGUUUUAUUAGUGAAGAAAGAGUUUUAGACAAACACACACACACACACGCAUGUUCACGCGCUUUAAUGGGCACAAACAAAUAUUUAAAAAGUGGUGUGAAUAUCGAUGGAGAAAAUUUUCUUUUUUUAUGUGGAAAGCGCUAUAUUAGACGGAACACGCCCGCACACACGGUAAGCUGAUCAUUCUCGCUUUGGGCCGUUUUAUUCGCGUUCUCCUGCUGGGGGAUGGCUAAACGUUGUGCCUGAAAGAUUGUUUUAUGCGUUGUAAAAUAUGUAUAUUCAGGUAAUAUUACUUCGCCGGGUUUUGUGUUCCACGUGUAGCCUUUGCAAGGUUUGAUGGUGCGAAUUAUGGUGAAUUUCGUUGAUAUGACCGAUAGAGAGAGAGAAGGACACACAAAACGGAUGAAAACCCCCUAUGUUUCGAGCAUUAACGAGCUCGAGGUAGAUGAUAUUCCACCGCGGUCGAAAUGUUUAAGCUUUUUUUUUUGGUUAGUACGGAUUUGCUGUGAGUUGUGCGCUGCGCUGUUCGCCGACCGAGCCCGCGCGUAUGCGUAUUGCCCGAAAAAUGGUUUUGUAAAUGUUUUUUUUUUGUUGAAAUAAAAGCAAGCAAAUAAUUUUCUUCAUUCCGCGCACAGUAGGGGGAAUGUGUGGCGUAAAUAUUACCCUUUACAGGAAAACAUUUAAAUGGUUAAAUUUAGAAGAAAAAUGAGGCAGAACAAAUUGCAAUAGUUGAAUGUUUUAUUGAGAUUCGUAAAGGAAGCAAAACUAAUGUACUAAGAAGCUAAGUAAUCAAUUAACAAAACAAAAGAAACGUUUGUUCCAGUAUAAAAAAAAAGUACAGAAGCAUUAUUAUAUGGCGAAUCGCACACAUGUAUAACAUAAUUUAAAUUAGCCCGAACAAGAACCAUUUACUACGCGAGCAAACGCCGAACCAAUUUUCUGGUGCGGAACAGCAAUGCCGGUGGGUGUGCAGAACUGCAAUCGUGGAAGGAUUAUUUAGCAAAGAUGCUUAGCCGACGCGAUGGGGACGAAUCGAUCCAAAGAAGGAUGACAGACAGACCGCUGUAUUGAGAGCAACAGAGUGACAAAAUUACGUUCGCUUAAUACAUUUUAACUGGUGCCGCAGCCUGUAUUACACACACACACACACACGCCCGUACAUCGUAUAUAGCCCAAAAGAGUUGAUGUUUUUUAGCUGUUGCCGCCGAUCCGUUGUGGAGCACGUGGUCGUCGUGUGUUUAACCCGCUACUCUUCUUCACAGGCGGGAAGUAGAGAUAAAUUAACGGAUUAAUUAUUUAAAUUUAAACUGCACCUUAAUGUAUAAUCUCAAGGUAGUCUGAGGGCAGGGAGAAUGAGAGGGAGAGAAUGGGGGUAGAGAAGGCAGAGAAGGGAGGAAAAGUAUAUCAAGAACCACUUCUUAGAAACAGGCUGUCAAUAGCAAGUAAUCUUCUUCCAACAGUUGAUAGAA